AAAAAAAACAGUUUCUCUAAAGCAAAUCUAUUAGGAGAGACCAGGAAGUACUACAAAUACACAAAGGAAGUGAUGGAGAGACAUGAUUGGUCCAGACAGUCCGACCACUUCCGCCGCUUUGGGCUAGCGAUACACUUAUCUCCCCGUCCUGUAUCAAGUAAACCUGGACUGUGUGAACUCUGUCUCCCUCAGAUCAGCGACCAGACCCGGAUCUGCCUAGAGACCCAAAGGCUGAGAGCUCCAAUGCCCAGUUGUGUCCCGGUCAGUCCCAGGACGUCUGUGGGUGGAGAUGGCUCAUAGAGAGAGAACAGAGAUUCGAACGGAGCAAAGGGAAACUUUGAAAUCGUUUUUUAAGGAGGGAAUGACACGUGUUGGUUCACCCUUAAUACCAAGAGCCGCAUCAGCUACUGGUUUGGAAACCUGUGUCAUAGAGAACUGGAUUGGAAACUACAGAAGGUCCUUUAAAGCUCCUUCUGAGCCGCGGCCCUCAAAGCCGAAGCUUCACACACGAGAGCUGUCGCCAUACAAUCUUUUUUGUAGGGACCUCCUCAGAAACAAAGGCACAUUAAACGAUAUUAAGGGCAGGUGGUCGACAUUAGGGGAAGACGAGAAGCAGAAAUACUAUCGAGAAGCAGCAGCACUGAGGUCACAAGGCCUGGCAGAGGACCUCAGCCCCGAGAUGAGGGAGCUCAAAAUUAAAAAGCACCUGAAGCAGCUGAAGUUUGAGGUGUCCAAACUUGAGGCUUUGGGUGUGGAAACGGCCAUUUUGUCAUUUGACCGCCAUAAAUCCGGUUUAGAGGUGUAUCAACUGAGCAGCAAAGGAGCAAAGGACACAGUCAACAACUUUGCACUCUACUUUAAAGCCAGCUUCUCAGCCCCAACAGCUCCUCAGCCACAACGCCAACACCAAAGAUCAAGCCGCAAAACCAAAGAUCAAGUAGAUGUGCUGGUUAAAAAAGUGCAGGAUGUGUUCAACCAAAAAUAUAAGGAGGCUGGAGGUAUUGGGAGGCUCCCCUAUCAGUCCUUGAUGAAUCAAAGCUUGAACAUAAAAGUUGCUGGACUGCCCAACGGCCUCACGCUCAAGAAGCCAUCCUUUUAUGGAAGGAACCAAUUGGAAGCCAUUUUGAAAGAUGCUAAGCAGAUUUCAUUCAAAAUAUAUGCAACACGAUGCCACUGCACUGACACAGCAGAGGAGCUUUCAGAGGACAUGGACGCAGAAGACACAGCAGACGGCAUCCAGACGAAGUCGUUGGAGAAGAUAUUAAAGGCCAUGUGUAGAAAUGGUAUUUCUUUUUGUAAAUUUAACACAUUUUGA